AUGUCGACUACACACCUAAGCCCAGAGCAGAACAGUGCUCUGUUCGACCUAUUGACCCACCAUGCAACCUACGACGAGAUCUGCCAAUUUAAGUCGCCAGCCGCCAUGAAAGAGUACGGCCCUCCUUUCCAAGACACAAGGACGACAACUUCCCCUAUCCUGCAAUCGCUUCUCUCCAAAUUCAUCCUACCGCUACCAGGGCUCCGCGACGUCUCGCCCGAAUUCUGGAAGGUCCGGAUCGAGAACAUAAUAGAAGAGCUGGCAGCCGCAAACUUGAGUGAGAGUUAUGACAAGGGUGUCUUGGGUAUCAGAAAGACACUGGCUACUGCAAUCUCGGCCUUGAUAGAAUACCCGGCCAGAGGAUGUUAUGGUGGCAUCAAGAAGGACGAAUCGGCUUUCAAGGAUCAACACUUCGACCCUGCUAAGCCUGAUGAUGUGCUGCGUGCGUGGUACGUCUUCAUGCAGCAGCUGGUCUACGACGACCUGUUCGACAAGCUCUUCGCCAAAGCUGCAGAGACGGACGACCUGCGCAAGCAUGACAGUCUGAUUCAAGCUGCUCACGAGUUCGUUGUUGUUAAUCCCGAGGGCCCGUCAUUACUUCGCAUGGUCGAGAAUGUUCACAAGCUACAGACACUACGCGUCGGCAAUGUUGCUACCAUGAUUAAUGGUAUGGUCAAGUUGAUGCUUGCCAAGAUGAGUGUCGGUACUUUGACCAACUGGAUGGGCAUCAGCAGUGGAGCAGAUGAAGGCAUGAACUUGCUGCAACAGAUCAUAUCUACCGUCCUCGGCUGGGACAAGAAGGAGCUCAAGAAGCGACUGGAAAAGAUCGAAAAAGACAAGGAUGCACCAUCACAAGACCAGCGUGAAGCUCUAAAAGCCUGGAUGGAACAAAGCCGACCAGAGCAAGAAGAAUGCCGCAGACGAAGCCAGGAGCAGUCAAUGUCGAUCGUAUCGACCAUUCUCUCUUUGUCUAAAGCAAGUCCAGAUCUCAGCGAGAAACAACACAAGCUGGCACUCGAGUACUUGUCACUAAGUCUGGCCGUCCGAGACAGAAACAAGAUCAUCGAUGUGCUCUGCCAUCACAGCCCUGAUCACCUUACACAAGCCGUACGUGACGGUGUAGCUGCUUACGAGCCCAUGAUCAGACAAGUUCACCAAGCUGUCGACCUCAGCGCCACUGUCGCAGACUUCCAGGCUUUCAUGGACGACAUGAUCAAGAUCGCCAAGCCAAAGAAGGACGGCAAAGCUCCCAGUGUCGAGGACUUUGUACACCUCUUGCACAGUCACAUGGGUGCCUCGCAUCGCUUCAUCCACCAAGUGGCCAAGAAUGGCAAGGAGGUCACACAAUGGUUCCAAGAUUACGUUCACAAGGUUUCUGCCAACUUCAAGCAAGAACACGCCUCACCUUCAGUUUUUGAUUCUCUCUCUACAGCCUUUGAUGGACUGGNNAAGCCAGAUGAACAAGACAAGGUCCGCAAAGAAGUCGACGCCUCGGCAAAAUACCUCGAUGAACUAUACGCAUCAUCCGCGGCUAGAAUUCGCGACGUGAUCAGCAACAAGUCAUCUACCCCAUACGGACCCGGAGCCUAUCUGGCUAGAUGGCAGGAAUUGCUCGACUCAACCCUGGUAACUCCCGAGACAGCCAAAGGACCUGUCCGCAAGGGUGCCAGUGCUAGUGUCAAGCAAGAGGCCAGAAGGGACGUUGAUGGUCAAAUCAAAGAGUCUGGCGUUGAGCUCAAGCAAGCGGACAAGAUUGUGGGAGACAAGACUCCUGAGGCGCCAUCAGCUGAGACAACUAUCAAACUCCUUGGACCGAAGUUCAGAGAGUUGUUGUUGACUGCG